AUGCCCCUCCAAGUCCACGCCGCGACCGCCGCCGACGCGGACCGGCUCGCUAAGAUCGAGCAUGACGCCUAUGCCAACAACCCUUUCACGCCGUACCUGUUUCCGGGCCCGAUGCCCGCCGCCGCCGGGCCGGGGCGCGCCGCCGAGCUGGCCGAGCAGCUGCGCACCGACGCGACCACGCGCUGGACCAAAGUGGUUGACACGGACAUUUCUCCGGCAGGCGGCAAUGAGGGCGGUCAGGAGCAGGUGAUCGCCAUGGCCAAGUGGCACGUCUACCCGGAGGCGGCGGCCGCGCCGACCCCUCGGACCUGGGGCCCGGGAUGCAACGUCGAGGCGUGCGAGGCGUUGUUUGGCGGGCUGGCCAAGAUGAGGGGCCGGAUCAUGGCGGGCAAGCCUUGUGUCUACCUGCAUCUCCUUCAGACCGACCCGAAGCAUGAGCGCCGGGGAGCCGGGGGCAUGUUGAUCCAGGAUAUGCUCAAGAGUGCGCGGGAGCUGGGUCUGCCAGUCUUCCUGGAGUCGUCGGCCGUGGCGCAUGCCUUGUACCUAAAGCACGGGUUCGAGGAUAUCGAGAAGCAGUCUCUGGAUUUUGCCCCAUGGGGGCUGGACCAGACGCACGAGACCUGGGCCAUGGUCUGCGAGAAUCCAUGA